AGCCAAUAAGCCCUCCCACAGGUCGGUCUGUGACGUCACGAAAGGACAAAGCUCUACCGGGAGGUCGUUCUCUCUCUUUCGGAGCCGCCGGUUUGCAGCUAAGUGGAGGCGCCAUCUUAAGACGCACGCAAACGCAGCUCCGCGGACAGGCAGGACCACCAGCAUGUAUCCCUCUACUUUGACACAGCUGGCCCGGGCCAAUCCAUUCAGCGCCCCCUUGUUCACCCUCCAGAAAGUGGAGGAACCACAGCAGAGUGUGCAGAGGACGCGCCGCUUGGCAGCAGCCGCCACGGCAGACGAGGGAGAUAGUUGUGAGUUUGGCUCUCAGAAGUAUUUGGUCCUGUGUGGCUUUGGUGGGAUUGUGAGCUGUGGCACCACACACACAGCAGUCGUUCCCCUCGAUCUGGUCAAAUGCAGAAUGCAGGUGAACCCAGACAAGUACAAGAGCAUCGGCAAUGGUUUUUCCGUAACCGUGAGGGAGGACGGUGUCCGAGGCUUGGCGAAGGGCUGGGCCCCCACCUUCAUCGGCUACUCCAUGCAGGGACUCUGCAAGUUUGGCUUCUAUGAAGUGUUUAAGAUCUUUUACAGCGACCUGCUCGGAGAGGAGAACACCUACAUGUGGAGAACAUCGCUGUACCUUGCUGCCUCAGCCAGCGCCGAAUUCUUCGCCGACAUCGCCCUGGCUCCUAUGGAGGCUGUCAAAGUGCGCAUCCAGACCCAGCCGGGCUACGCCAACACCCUUCGAGAGUGUGUCCCCAAGAUGUACGCCGAGGAGGGUCUCUGGGCAUUCUACAAGGGCGUGGUACCUCUGUGGAUGAGGCAGAUCCCUUACACCAUGAUGAAAUUUGCCUGCUUUGAGCGCACGGUGGAAAUGCUCUACAAGUAUGUCGUUCCCAAGCCCCGCAGCGAGUGCAGCAAACCUGAGCAGCUGGUGGUCACCUUCGUGGCUGGUUACAUCGCUGGCGUGUUUUGCGCCAUUGUGUCCCACCCCGCCGAUUCCGUGGUGUCUGUGCUAAACAAGGAGAAGGGAAGCACCGCCGUCCAGGUCCUCAAGCGGCUCGGACCCAGAGGUGUGUGGAAGGGCUUGAUCGCCCGUAUCAUCAUGAUUGGUACCCUGACAGCGCUGCAGUGGUUCAUCUAUGAUUCGGUCAAGGUCUACUUCCGUCUGCCCCGCCCUCCUCCCCCAGAGAUGCCCGAGUCCCUGAAGAAAAAGCUUGGCGUAGAGUAAUAAAGCCCACCCCACCACCUCUCACGCGUCUAGAUGGCAACCAACAGAUGAAAACUCGUUUCCCAACUCGCAUUCAGCGCGCACAGCAGUUUUCUAUAUUUAUGCCCUCAGUCCAGCUGUUUCAAUGAAUGGGGCUGUAACUAUCAUGUAUAUUAAAGAUAUAAAAAAGGUGAGUGUUCAAUCUGUGCUCACCAAGAGAUGGACAAAUAUUCCUUUGUUGUGCAACACUGGUUUGAUUUUAUUCCGCUCCUGUGAUUUGAAAAUGGAAAUUAAAAACACUUCCAUCCUUGGGAAA